UGGGUUUGUUCCAUGCUUUAAAUAGCAUGAUAAGAAGGGAUUGUUCUGUGCUUUAAAUAGCAUGAUAAGAAGGACAGUAUUCUGUUUUCUUGGAUGCUCUAUUUCUCAUAAAAUCUUUAUGCAUUCACAGUUGCUAGCAUGAUAAGAAGGGGCAAUAUUCUGUUUUCUUGGAUACUCUAUUCUAGUAAAGCUCAAUUAUUUAUAAAUUCACAGUUGACUCGUGAAAAGGACACCAUUUCGCACGCUUCUGAUUUUGGAUCCAUUUUUGUUGUUAAAACAUCAUCCCCGGGUGCAGAUGGUUCAUUAGUCUUGGCACACGGUGCUAAAUCAAGCCCAAUUGCUGUGUCACCAGCUGCUAACUUACCAACUAUUGUGGCUUCAGAAUCAUCAAGUUUAUCUGGUAAGGUUUCUUCUCCGAUGAUUGAAACAGUCGAAAUGAAGAAUUCUUCAGAACCUGCUUCGCCAGCUGUUGCUAAUUCGGAGAAAAUUGGAAUAGCAGUAACCUUGGGAAAUUCUGUCGUACCACCGGUUACUGAGACUACUACAGCUCAAGAUGGUGAUGGAUUUUCUUCAGAGAAUAGAGAGAAUGUCAAGAAAGAUACUGCAAUAACUGAAAUCGGAGGUGCUACUCCAUCAGAUGAGAAAACAGUCGAGCUGGGACCAUUAGUUUAUGAGAGCAAAGCGGUAUAGUUGAUUAUUGCUUUUUG